AUGCUCGAGCUUCCCUCAAAUCCGAUCUCGUCGCAAAUCUCACCACAGCCGUCGCAAAUCCCUAAAAUUCGCCGCUUCUACAUGCUCGAGCUCGUGUUCCACCGCCGUAUGUUGGAGUAUCCUUGCCUCACCUUCGAUCCCGCACACGCCGCCGCCGUCUACCUCCCGUACUACGCUGGCCUCGACAGCCUUCGCUACCUCUUCGGCCCCGAAACCAACUCCUUAUUCCGCCACGGCCUCAAUUUGUACGAUUACAUAGCCCGCAUAGAUUUGCCCUCCAGUGGUGGUGUUUUUGGUGCUGUGUUCGAAUGCCGGAAACGAUCCGAUUCCGAUGGGGAUGUCGCCAGAGAAGGUGGAAAUGGUGAUGGGGUCGUAGAAAUAUGUGAGCUUUUUGUUGGGUUUGGGGCGGAGACGGAGAUGUUGAGUUUGGAGGUGAGGGUGGUGGAGGAGAGGUUGAAUUGGGAGGAGUGGAGAGAGUUGACGGCGAAAGUGGGCUGUUCGGGGCGGCAUGAAGCAAAGUUCAUCAAGAGAAUUGUUGAAGAUAUCAUUACUAAGCUGGGUUUAACAAGGUCAAUUAAUGAUCGAAUACUGGUUGGGAUAGAGGCUCGUAUGCAGAAACUUUAUCGAUUGAUAGGCUUGGAUUCUAAUGAGGUUCGCUUUGUUGGAAUACAUGGGAUGAGCGGGAUUGGAAAGACAACUAUUGCAACAGCUAUAUAUGACAAGAUCUCAAAAGAAUUCGAAGAUUGUAGUUUUAUUCUUGAAGUUAGAAGCGAGUCGGGCAAACAUGGUGUGGUGCACUUGCAACAGAAACUUCUAUCUAAGAUUCUUUCAGUAAAAGAUUUGAAAAUAGAGAAUGUGUUUCAAGGAAAAAUGAUGAUACAGCAAAGGCUGCGUUGCAAAAGAGUGCUUAUUGUUCUUGAUGAUGUUGAUCACAGGGAUCAAUUGGAAUCAUUGGCUGGAAACAGUGAUUGGUUCGGUGCUGGAAGUAGAAUCAUCAUAACAACCAAGGAUAAGCACUUGCUCAUUAGCCAUAAAGUGAACAAUAUGAAAUACUAUAAAAUGGGUGUGCUAGAGGAAGCUGAAAGCUUUCAACUCUUUAGGCAUCACGCAUUUAAGAACCAACAGGCACCUACCAAGGAAUUUGAGGAGCUCGAAAGUCAAGUGGUACACUAUGCUGGGGGCCUUCCUUUGGCUCUUGAAGUUUUGGGUUCUUUCCUAUAUGGUAGAGGCAUUACUCAAUGGAGAAACCAAGUGGAACGGCUUAAGGAAAUCCCAGAAAAAGAGAUUUUAGAAAAGCUUAAAGAAAUGGGGUGGUCUAUUGUUCGCCAAGAAGCUCCAGAUGAUCCCAAAAGAUAUAGCAGGUUGUGGCUACCUCAGGAUAUUUCUCAACUACUUACAGGAAGUGAGGGUACAGAAAACAUCCAAGGUAUAGCAUUCAACUUGCAAGUUGCAACAGAUGUGAAAGUUAGUAGUGAGGCCUUCACACACAUGACCAAGUUAAGACUUCUCAAAUUUCACAAUGCAAAUGCUUCUCAGGCCCCUAAUUUUUUCUCAGACGAGUUAAGGUGGCUAGAUUGGCACGGAUAUCCUUCAAAAAGUUUGCCUGCUACAUUCCAGGGACAAAAACUUGUUUCUCUUAAAAUGCAAUAUAGCCGUAUAAUACAACUUUGGAAAGGCUUGUAUAUACAGGUCUUGGACAAUUUGAAAUUCAUGAAUCUGAGCCACUCUAAGAAACUAAUUAGGACUCCAGAUUUCACAGGAAUCCCAAAUCUUGAAAUGUUGAUUCUAGAACAGUGUACAAGUUUGGUAGAGAUUCAUGCUUCUGUUGGAUUUCUUAAGAACCUUGUUUCACUUAACCUUAAGCAAUGUGUAAAUCUAAAGAAGCUUCCCGAAAGCAUUCAUUUAGAAAAGCUUGAGACAAUGAUCCUUUCAGGCUGCUUGAAACUUGAAAAUUUUCCAAAAGUUGCAACUCCCAUGGCAUGCCUGUUAGAAGUACAUGCUGAGGCUACUGCUAUUAAAGAAGUGCCAUCAUCAAUCGAGUGCCUCACAAACCUGAGGUUAAUAGAUGUAAGCAAUUGCAAGCAACUUACAAGCCUUCCAAGUAGCAUUUGUAGAUUGAAAGGUCUAAAAGUUGUGAUUCUCUGUGGUUGUUCCAAGAUUGAGAAAUUACCAGAUGAAUUGGGAGAAAUGGAAUGCUUAGAAAAGUUGUACUGUGACAUGACAUCGAUCCAAGACCUACCAUCCUCCAUUUCACUUCUCAAGAAACUCAAGAUUUUAUCAUUUCGUGGAUGCAAACCCCUAGCCUCUCCAUUACAAAAGAGCUGUUCAUUCCUCUCUAGGAUGUUGCCAGCAGGAGCUUUUCUAGAUAUCAAGGCUUCACCGUUUUCUUCUCUAUCUGGUUUAUCUUCACUGGAAGAGCUGGAUCUUAGUGAUUGUAGUAUGCUAGAUGGAGGCAUUACUCUUGGUGAUCUUGGAGAGCUGCGUUGUUUGAAAGUAUUGAAUCUUAGCAACAACAAGUUUGGUUGUAUCCCAGCUGAAUCCAUUGUCGGCCUCACUCGACUUAAGCACCUUCAUCUAGUGGGAUGUGAGAGGCUUCAAAGUUUGCCAAAGCUUCCAUCUAGUAUAAUAUCGGUGUAUGCAGAUGAAUGCCCCAGCUUAGAAGGCUGCAACAUAGAUUCAUUGACUAAAUACCCAAAGUUGAGUCAACUCUCAUUCACUAAAUGUGCUCAACUACUUGAGGAUCCACGUUACGGUCACAUAGUUGAUGCAAUAUGGCAGCACCUGUUCAAGGGACUAUCAAAUGACUCAGAUCGCUAUAUUAGUGUCUACUUUCCAGGCAUGGUGUUACCUGAGUGGUUUACGUAUAAGAAUUGGGGAAAUAAAUUAUCAGUUAGCCUGCCUCAAAAUUGGUACAAUAACAAAUUCAUGGGAUUUGCAUUCUGUGUGGUUCCUAACUUGAUAAAUACAGGAUGUCGGAAUAUUAAAUUUUCCGGUGUAACUAAAACCUAUGGACUUGAUCUCAUAAUAAUUCCCACAACUCGUAAUGGUCGUGGUCGGUAUUAUAUUACAUUAGUUUUGGGCUUUAAGGGGGUUGAUCAGAAUAUGGAAUCCGAUGAGCUCACUUGCCUGUCCUAUAGGCCAUUUCAUGAUAGAAAUUAUAAUUGUAAUGAAUGGUGUCAAAUUGAAGUUUCUGGUUCCAAUACGGUAUACACGGCUAUUGGAAUGCGCCUGGUGUACAAGGAUGAUGUUAAAACCAGUGAUGAACUACUGAUGAUACAAAAUGACAUUGCCGAUCUCCACCAUGUAUGAUUAUGUCAAAAUGAGCGAUGUUGCACACUUUUUUUUA